AUGGAGGGCGCCGCUGAGAGUCCUGAACUCCUUCUUGCACGAGACACAGCUGUAGUGGUGUUCGGCGUCUGUCGUCCCCAGCCUAUCGGGGAAGACCGCCUGGCAGAGGUGGCAAACGUAGCGCUCGUCCCUGAGAUGGAGGCGCUCCUCAACCUGGUUCUUGGGAACGUUGAACUUGUCCUUGAGGCUCUUCAGGAUGCCGCGGCGGUCCCUCUCCCGUACGCGGGCGUAGAGUUCCUCGCGGAGCGUGCGCUCCUCAAUCUCUAUGCUCAAGAUGGGGAAGAGGUGGCGGGCGAGGGCCACAUGUUGCAACCGAUGAAUGGAACUCACAUCCUCCUGCGCCUUCGUUCCGCAAACGAGCUGUUCGCAGUACUCGCAGAAGAAGUAGGCGUCGGUCCACGGAACGCCCUUGAUUUUGGUGCGCUUCAUGCGGCUGCAUCCCUUCAUGUGCUCCCAGAGCUCGCGGUCGUUCCUGCACACGGCGCCGCACGAUUUCGCAGGACACUCGUGCGCCGGCGCACGAUGGCCGGUCAGGGCAAGAUAGGAAAGUCAUUGGUUGAUGAGGAGUGGGAGAAUGUUGAGAAAGACAAUGGUGAGAAGCUGAGUGUGUUGACGGUGUUUGAGGCUGGACGUGUGACGGGCUAG